AUGAAACCACUCGCAACGAGCAUCAGGCCUCUCAUACCCUUGUUUGAUUUCCAGUGUCUCUCAGAGGCUUUUAUUUCGACCAUGGGGUACCGCCGCCAAUCCUCACUCGAUCAAAUUCUCUUCUUAUCGACUUUCAUCUUGCGAGCGUUUGCUUUGCCGGCAUCAAAUGCGGGGCCAUCUGUAACUAUUGCGUCCGGUGUAGUGGUAGGAACCACAACCCAGCCAGCUGGAUCAACAAACUACGCCAACGCGUACUUGGGUGUGCCGUUUGCCAAGUCACCGCCAGAGCGGUUCUCUCCGCCUGAAGCAGCACCAUCAUGGUCGUCCCCGUUGUCCGCAACGGCGUUUCGGCCGGCAUGCAUUCAACAAUUUACAAACACUGGAAACGCGCAAGUUUUGCAGAAGCAGUACUUUGGAAAUCCCACCGGAGCUCUCACAGAAGAGAGCGAAGACUGCUUAUACCUUAAUGUCUUCACGCCCCCCAACGCAUCGAAUUCAGGCAAGAAGGCCGUGAUGUUUUGGCUGUUUCCUGGAAACCUCCAAUUUGGAACCGCCAGUCUGCCGAUCUAUGAUGGAAGCUCGCUUGCCAUCUCUCAAGACGUGGUUGUUGUGACGAUCAACUACCGAACGAACAGUAAGUGCAUUUCACUGAGACACCUAUCCGGCGGAUGCAGGCUGACGGUCAGCUUAGUCUUUGGAUUUUCCAACUCGCCCGAGGUUCCAACCGGCUCUCAAAACUCGGGAUUCUUGGACCAACGCUUUGCCUUGCGGUGGGUGCAAGACAACAUCGCCAUGUUCGGCGGGGAUCCGUCGCGCGUGACAAUCUUUGGCGAGUCCGCCGGAGGCGAGUCUGUGAAGCAACUGCUCGCGAACCCGCCAAGCCCGCUGCCAUUCUCGGCCGCCAUCAUGCAGUCGCAGCAGUCCCUUCUCGUGGGCUCCGGAUCGGACAGCUAUAAGAAGGUUCUCAAGCAGUUCGCAUGCGACAAGGCCCCUUCGCCCAUUGCUUGCCUGCGGCUAUUGCCCGCCACGGAUAUCAAGGCAUACAUCGAAUCGGCCGCGUUAGUGUUCCCUCCUGUCAACGGUGACGGUACCUCGGUCAGUGAUGUCAGGGGCAGUAUCACUUCCAAGAAGUGGCCCAAGAUCCCUGUCUUGAUCGGAACCACGCUCAACGAAGCUCGUGUCUUCCUUGCCGUGGAGAACAAAGCAGACGGCGCGUCUGCCUUGGAUUCUGCGCUUUCCAAGGUGGGUAUCAGUUCGACCGCCACCAAGAACUCGGUACUUGCCGGGUAUUCUGCCAAGGGUGUCAACGAUCUCUAUACUGUAGCCGACAGAAUCAUCACCGACGCAGUCUUUACAUGCACAACAUCAACACUGUCCAGCUUCCUCGCUUGGAAUGGCUACACAGCCUACCGUUACCGCUACGACGCUUCGUUCCCCUCCACUAGUAUCUUUCCCAACGCCGGCGCAUACCACACGAGCGAGAUUCCCUCAGUCUUCGGCACAUACCCCCAGUAUAACAAGUUCGGCUCGGCAACGCAGCAGCAGAUCAACCUCAGCUCUUACAUGCAAGGCGUCUGGGGCGGCUUUGCGAAUAACCCCGGCAACGGUGUUGGAUGGUCAAAGGUUGGAGGGGCUCUUGGAUUCGAGCUGGGCCUCCUGGGUGCCGGCGGAUCCAGCAGUGUAUCGGUGGCGAUGUCGCUUGUGGCUGAUUAUCCAUGCGCUCUUUACUCGGGUCUUGCAGAUAUCGCCGGUUUGUCGUACUAA